ACCAGACGAAUCCGAUCUCUUUAGUGUUCGGCUGACCAGUACGUGUGACAGACUUUCUGCGAACGUACGUAUAGGUGGUCAGACUUUAUUGUUCGCCUCUCGACUGGUUUGAUUUAUUUUUGGCACCUCUUUGUCUUUCUUCGAUUUUAUGCGGGAGUGACUUCGCUUUUGGCGACCGGAUAUAUGCGACACGAUGAAAAGUGAAUGGCGCCCGUAGUCGGCUUUGGAAAGUGCCACGGAAUUAAUAUUCGCGCGCGAUAUUUCGGUGUAUUGUUGGUGGCCUACCGCUAGACGAUUCGAUUUGUUUCGCAUCUUUUCUGUGUCCGAAUAUGAUUUUCCCGCAAUUCGCAUCGAAGAAAAAGUUUUGCUUUCAGACUCCAAUCGGUGAGGUCGGACAUGUUGUGAACCGCACGGCCUGUCAAGUGACGUCACUUCCGCCGUUCGUUUUUCGUUUAGUUUGUUUGGAUUAAUCCGCUGUGCGAAAAUGAAGGGCAGAGAGAAACUGUGCGCCAAAUUGUCGAGUGCCUUCUUGAGAAAGUGGUGGUUCGUGGUGGCAGUAUCCGUUGGGAUAAUCUUCUUCGGGGUCAUAGUGGUCAUAUUUUUCAUGAGCUGGGUCAACCUGGUUAUCAAUCACGAGGUGACACUGAGGGAGGGGUCGAAACCUACCGAAUGGUGGGCCAAGCCUCCGGUGGUACCGAUGAUUAGGGUGUAUAUUUACAACGUGACUAACGCUGAUGAAUUUUUGAACAACGGAAGCAAACCCAUAGUCGACGAACUAGGCCCUUACGUAUACGUAGAAACGUGGGAGAAGAAAAACAUUCAAUUUCACGAAAACGGCACCGUAUCUUUCAACCAAGAGAAGAUCUACCAUUUCGACGAGUCCCUCUCAGCAGGAUCGGAGGAUGAUGUGGUCGUAGUUCCAAAUAUACCAAUGUUGAGUGCGACUUCCCAGUCGAAACACGCGGCCCGAUUCUUAAGGCUAGCGAUGGCUAGCAUAAUGGACAUACUGAAAAUCAAGCCGUUCGUGGAAGUCUCGGUUGGUCAGCUGUUGUGGGGCUACGAAGAUCCUCUGUUGAAGCUAGCCAAAGACGUCGUUCCCAAGGAACAGAAACUGCCUUACGAAGAGUUCGGACUUAUGUACAACAAAAACGGUACUUCCAAAGACACGUUGACGAUUUUCACCGGAUCUGGAGACAUUACCAAGUACGGCCUCAUCGACAAGUUCAACGGCAUGCCGAAGCUAGCCCACUACACCGAAGAUCGAUGUAACGAUAUCAUGGGCUCCGACGGCUCCAUUUUCCCACCGCAUUUGACUAAGAACAGCACCAUAUACGUUUUCGACAAGGACAUGUGCCGGAAGUUGCCUCUGGUAUUCGACAAAGAAGUAACCGGGAGCAACGACAUUCCCGGAUACAGAUUCACCCCGCCUAUAGACGUAUUUGCGAGUGUCGACGAAAACCCGGAAAACUUGUGUUUCUGUCCCGCCGGACCUCCGUGUGCCCCAUCCGGAUUUUUUAACGUUUCCCUCUGCCAGUACGACUCUCCGAUUUUGCUGUCCUUCCCUCACUUUUACCUCGCCAACGACAGCUACAGGACAGCGUUGGAGGGGAUAUCGCCUCCGGAUCCGGAAAAGCACAAGUUUUUCAUUGACGUGCAGCCUGUCAUGGGCACCGCAUUGUCCGCCAAAGCCAGAGUGCAGAUAAAUCUGGCCGUCUCGCAGGUGAUAGACAUCAAGCAAGUCGCCACAUUCCCCGAUAUCAUCUUCCCCGUGAUGUGGUUCGAAGAGGGAUUGGACGGAUUGCCGGAAGAAAUGACCGGCCUGAUGAGAUUGGCGACGUCGGUGCCGCCGGUGGCGCACGCGGCCCUCUCCGGCGUCCUGUUCGCAUUGGGGGCCCUGAUGUUACUCGUGGCUAUUUGGAGACUGGUUAGGGGCGCGAAUCGGCUUAGCUCGCUGCAACUGGCCCCCGGACACAUGGGACAACACGGCAACAAAGGCAAAGACGUUCCCAUGGCCAACGUGCCGAAAUAUUAACGGUGACGUUAUAUUUAUUAGGGACUAGUAAUAAAAUUCAAUAAACCGGAAGUGACGUAAUAUUUGACGUAUAAUAAAAUGAAAAACCGUUCCUGUGAUAAGCGCACGUGGGAGAAGAAAUUUGUAUUUCACGCGUCGUAGACUAUUCCGCUAGGGGGCGCAAAUGUAGUAAGUUUUAUUCGCCGACUAGCACAGUUAAGAGAUGUAAGUCUUCCGAUUAGAUUUUUGCCAUUGUUACGCGGAAUUUAGAAUAUGAAAAUUUAAUAUUUGGAACUCAGUCAUUCAUAGGAAUAGUUUGAUCUAAAAUUUUUGUUAUACAGGGAGUUUUAAAAAAAAUUUUUAGUGGAAAUAUAACAUAACAGUAACGUUAUUUUUUGUUAAUAAACAUGCUUGAAAACAGACCUCGGAAUGAAAUUUUUACCACAGAUACAUUGAGAAAAUAAAAACGUGCUCAUAAAGAAACGUAGUGUACAAAAUAAUAAUAUUCUGCCAUCAGUUACUCAUUCAAAAGUAUUUGUGUUUUAAAUUUUAUUUAGGUACCUCAAACUACACACAUUUGUUAACUAAACUAACGUUAUUUUUUAAUAUUCUACUACACUCUGUACAUUCCCUUUACAUUUGGUUCCCAAACAUUCUCCAUGGGAUUUCAUCCCUUUCAGCAUUUGCGGUUAUCAUUAUAAUCUAACCCCUACAUAGUUGCGGCAUGGAUUUUUAAAUUUUCUAACGGGAUAGAGCGUAAAACGUGCUUUUAGGUUAGCAAAAUUGGUUUUUGUUUUAUAUAGUUGGCCAUGAUCGCAACGAAGGUUCUCGAUUAUUAGUAUAAACAUAGUCGGUUUUGAAAAGAUAAAUGUCAUUUUUGACCGAGUUAUCGACAAAUGCUUUUAUUGACAAUUGAGCUUCAGCCACAACACAGACUUUCAUUAGAUGCGUGCAAUAAUUGUUGCCAAUAUAUUGGAAUAUUCCUUAUUUCAAAAACCGAAAGAAUUAACGAAGAAGAAAGAAAUAAACCAUGCAAAAUUUGAAAAAUGAAAAUAGUUUUCUGCAAUUAACGUUGAGGAAGUAAAGACAUUUUUGUUUUUGAAUUUUUUUUACCUUAUUCAAUUUUGAGUAAACAAUAAAUUUGCAUUUUGGGUUUUGUUCUUGGUAAACUUCUGGCCCACACUUUACUUGACGCACUUCAAUGUAUAUGUUUUGGCUUAAGUUAGAUUAGUUAGUAAAAUUUGGGUGUAACGAAAACAACAAGGUAAAUAAAUUUUGAAAUAAAUUAGAGCAAAAACAUUAAAAUCGAGUCGAAAUACAAGCAAGACUAGCUGCCUAUUUCCAAUACAUUCUCAUUCGUUGGUUAUAUAUAGAGCUUUAUAGAGAUGAGAACUUGGAGGAAAUUUUAAAUUUGAUAAGGUUUCCAUGUAAGUUAUCAUUGAACACUGAACAAUUUACACAAAGUGUAAAUCGGCUAUUGGAGGCAGCUUUGAUAAGUAGAUAUAAAGCUGUUUGUUGACAAACCUUCCAUAAAGGGAAACAUAAAGCAACAUGCAACUUAUCAACUGCAUAUUAGUGGAAAAUAUUUGACAGACGCUCCUGAUGAAGCAUCUUUUGUUACUCCAUCUUCAACACUUGAGGAUGAUGACAUCAAGGCAACAGAGGACGUUGAAUCGCAAUUCAUUUUUUUUAAUUUAUUUUUUUGUUUAUUUGGCAAUACAAGUAUUCUCAUAACAAGAAACCCUACUUAAUGCUAUUGAAAGAAAAUUAGAUAAAAUAGACAAAAUACGAUAAAACAAUAACAAGAAUAAAAACAGUUUUAACCUGAUUUGUGAGACAUUUCCAUGAAAACCGUUUUCCGCUUGAUGUUUUAUAUCUAUUGUCGCCUUAAGUACUAUCAUAUUAAAGUGGAUUGAACACGGUAUACCGUUAUACCCUGGUAAAGCUUAAAAUAGAUCUGAUUGUACACACAUAUUGCAUAUUUGGUUGUCUCGCAGUUCACUCGUGUAACUUAACCUAACAAUCUAACUUAACCUAUAACGUGCGUUAUGAUUUUUUGCUCAGCCGUAGUCUAAAUGAAUUGGUAGGUGCUAGUGGAGGACAGUGGUACAAAAGUAGACGUAAAAAGCUUACGAAAUUGUGUGUACUUAAUUUUGAAUGGGGCUGACGCCUCUUAUUGUCGUUAUUUGUACGGGGACGUGGAAACAUAUUCGAUACAUAUUUGCAAUACUAGCCUUAUGUUGUUAUUAUUUUUAUUAUUGUGUAUAUUGUUUAGAUACGUUUGUGUAAGAUGUUUUUAUGUAUUUAGUUAUUAUUGUUUAAUUGUAUAAAAAUUGACAAUGAAUAAAGUUUUUAUAUUUU